AUGUCGUCGACGGAGGCUGAGGAGGAUGCGCCGUCAGCAUGGACCACCGAGCCUGCGCCGGAAGAUGGAGGGGACGACGACUUUGGCGACUUUGAAGAGGGUGAUGUGCCGGCAGAGACGAGCGCACCAGCGCCUGUAGAGAUGCCUUCCCUACCACUAAGUACGGAUGCUCAGGAUCCCCACAUGCGUGACGCGAUUCGCGACGUGCUUCCGUACGACUUUACGCAUGUAGAGGGUGUACAAGGCAAUGUGGUGGAAGAAAGUAUGCGUCAGGUGGAAGGACUGUCCCAAAUUCUUGUGUCGGAGCGCAGUCGAGCCAUGUUCCGUGAGCUCAGUACGCAUGACGUGACCAAUGCGACACUCGACUGGCGUCGAUCUCACACACGGCGCCAGUAUCUCAUAUCGUUGGGCGUGCCCAUCAAUCUAGAUGAAAUGCAGGGCCCCACAAAAGAGGUGCUGCCGCCGCUCGAGCUGCAUGUGAACAGCCCGUCCGACCACGCCCAGGACGCUGCCCAUGAGAGUCUGGGUGAUCGGCGGCGCCGGGAAAUGGGUCUACAAGAGCCAUCGCUUCCCACUGGUCGUAUUGAAACGAUUCUUCACAUGUCAGAAGAUGACAUCAAACUGCUUACGCUACCCGAGCUCCGUGAAUUGGUGCGGGAGGCGGAAUCUCUUUCGAAACGCAUGGGUGACGCACUGCAAUACCACCUGGUGAUGCGCGAGGCAUUUACGUCGGAUAGCGAAAUGUUUCAUGGCAUCAUCCGCGACCUAGUCGUCGGUGCGUCACACAAGGUCGCGGCGCGCGCUAAGCAGGACAAGCGCAGUGGCCUUCUACGACCGCUGACGCCAGGCGCCAAGUAG